CGCGAAGGUCACACUUAUCACCUCGCCCCAGUAUGCGAAGUGAAAGAUGUCUACAUAAACUAGUUGUCUGGUUUGUAAGGGAACAUUCCCAAGAUACGGCUGUAUAAAACAUGUUGUCUGAAAUACCAUUGGUAACGCUACUGUUUGGCAUUGUGGCGGCAGGAAAUUCAGUAGAAUCAAGAUCCGAUACGCUCACAGAUCGUAUUGAAAAUGAACACGCAAUUAAAAUCGAAAUAGACGCUGCAGUAAGGAAAUACACAGAACCGUUGCUGCAAGAAUUAGAAAAGCUGAAUGAGGACACCAGGAAAGAGACUGCAGUCUUACGUCAAGACUUGGAUACGCUUAAACAAGAGAAUGCUCUUUUAAACGAGAGAUUUCACACAACCAAAGCCGAAAACGAAAAACGUCAACAUCAUCUUUUGUCAGUCGUGGAAUACAUUGGAAUGAAUCAAAAGGAUACCAUCAAAUCCAGAAAGAAGCGACAACCAAUCGAGGCGGUGGCUUUCCAUGCUUAUCAAAAUAGUGACAAGUGCAUCCACGACCUUCAAACAUUUGUGUACGACAAUGUCCUUAUCAAUGACGGAAAUGGAUAUUCAGCGAACGACGGCAUAUUCGACGCACCAGUGACCGGUGUGUAUGUGUUCACGUGGUCGGUUGCGGAUUUCCACGAUUGGUACGCCGCAGAAUUAGUCGUUAAUGGGAUGUCACGUGGGGCCACAAUAGCAGACAACGACAGCCAAGACAUCGCUGUUGGAACGGCCGUUGUGGUGGUCCAUGUACAGGCGGGUUCGCAUGUCUUUGUGCGCCGAUCGGGUGGAGGCGGUUGUAACGUACUUAACAAACCUGGUUCGGCGACGAAUUCAUUCUCAGGAUGGCUGCUUUAUAUUACAGAACCAUGAUAUCACAUGCAAUGUUCAAUGUCUAUAUCAUUCACAGAAACAAAAUCAAAGCACAGUGGA